CGCCCCACGGCUGCCCCUGCGGCCCGGCGCCGCCGGGCUGCGGCGUGUGCGCGCCCCGCCCGGGCUUCUACGGGCCCGGGCACCCGCCGCCGGGCUGGCCGCACGGGCAGCUGCCGCCCCACGGGUACCCGCCCGGCACGCCGAUGCCGGGCUACCCCGUGGGCCACCCGCCGCCGGGCUGGCCACCCUAUGGGCACCCGCACGUGCUGGGCUACGGCCAGCUCGACCCGCGCCUGGACCGCCGGUCGCGGAGCAGGCGGCGGCGGAAGCCCAGCAGGUCGCGCAGCCGCCGGCCGCGCAAGGGCGCCGCGCGCGCCCGGAAGCAGAAGCCCCGGCCCCCGCCGUCGCCGCCGGAGAAGGCCGGCGUGGACGGCGCGUGGGAGGUCUCCAAGGAGGAGAAGGGCCUGCAGCUGACCAGCGAGCUGGCGCCGCCAGGCGUGCAGUGGGACGUGAAGCUCCGGGACGUCUCGCGGCGGUGCUUCGCGGCCUUCCUGCCCAGCCCCAUCAGCGAUGCGCGCUGCCGGGAGUUCUUCCAGAAGAUCCGGGACGGCACCGAGUGGCUGCAGCCGGACGGCGCGCUGGGCCCGAUCCCGCGAAAGACCAGCUGGAUGGUGUGCCAGGGCUGCACCUGCAGGUACCGCUACGGCGGGGUGGAGGUGGAGCCCGUGACGUAUCCCCCCUGGAUGAUCGAGCUCUUGGGCGUCUACAUGCCGUACUGCGGAAUCAACAACCCCAGCGACUGGCCGAACGGCUGCAACGUCAACCUGUACGAGAACGGGAGCCACCAGGUGGGGUGGCACUCUGACGACGAGCCCCUCUUCCAGGGGAAGUUCCGCGACAUCAGGAUCAUCUCGCUCUCUCUCGGCCAGCCGCGGAGGUUCGACCUCAAGCUGAACUGGCCGGAGGAGGGCGAGCAGCCCGAGACGCACAUGUCCCUCGGCUGCGGGUCCCUGUGCACCAUGGAGGGCAUGACGCAGAAGCACUACAUGCACCGCGUGCCCAGGGAGAGCGAGAACCUGGGGCCGAGGAUAAACCUCACGUGGCGGUGGGUGGUCCAGCACGCGGGGUCCUGCGCCCACGGCCGGCGGUGAGCGGCGUGCGGCGGGCGGCCGCGCGGAGGCCCUGCCGCUCCACGCACGCCCCGCCGCGC